AUGAACGCAGAAGUAAGAAACCAACUCGCGCGAGAGGUGCUCCGAGCGACGCUUUCCUCCUCGUCGUUAGGGGAAAAAGCAUCCGAAUCAUCCAUCAAAGGCGGCGGCGACGACGUGUUCGCCGCGAGCGCGAUGAUCGUCGCGUCGAUCAAAUCCGGCGAGUAUUCUCGAGCGUUAAAAAGCGUUCUGUGUUUUGCCUUUCAGCCUUUAUCAUUGAACAAUAACAACAGAGGAGAAGAGGUUUUGGAAGAGAAAGAGUUUGCUCUGUUUCUCGCAGGCGUGUGCGGGUUGUGUUUGCACCAGAGAGCGAACGCGUGCGGACCGCCGUUACAUUUGGAAGAAGAAGAAGAAGAAGAAGAAGAAGAAGAAGGGUUUGCGAAUGCGAUUUUGCAAGCGUUUCGAGAUGGUACGUUUCGUGAUGGUGGUAAUGGUGGUUUUGCGCUGAAUGAUGCGCAAAACGCCGACGGAUUAUUACAUGGAGAUGUUGAUGGAGUAUUCGGAAGUUCUCGAGCGUCGAUUGGCGAGAUGGACGAGGAGGAGAAGGACCGAAGGCGAGCGAAACGGCGAAAGAGAAGAGCAUUCGAAAAGGUGUUGUCGCGGGACGGCGAAGACGCGAGCGGGAGAAUCGAGCACCCCGAAUGUCUCGCGUUGGCGGUGGAGUGUUUGGUGAACUCGAAACAGAUGAUGAAGAGAUUGGAGUUCGUGGAGAGAGACGAGACGUUGGACGUGUCCGCGAGACCGUCGCCGAUGGGGAGGUGUAGGCGCGCAGCCGCGGAAGCGUUGGACGGGGAAGAGACGACGAAUAGCAACGAGGAAUUUCACGUCGUGAGAGAUUGGUUCGCGGCGAGAUGCGCCCUGGCACACCAGAGAGUAUUGUUUGGACGAACGGUGACGCUCAGAAAACAGUGCUUGGGAUUCUUCGCGAGGGCGUUGGAAGGGUUGUCGCGCGCGAGCUCGUUGGUAGGGGAUAAUGAAAAGAAAAAAAUAGAAGACGCGCACUACCUUUACGGCACGUGCCUCAUAGAAGCGUCUUUGAUGGAGCACGAGUUCGGCGUCGACGAUUCCGCGCGAUAUCUUUUAAAACGCGCUAAAGAUGCAUUAGGGGUUACGAUUGAAAAGUCUGGCGCGUUGGGGUACCGCACGAUCCAUCAACAAGAUGCGAAAGCCCAGCUGGUGCUGCGAGUGACGUGCAAGGAAAGAGCGAGCGCCGAGUCAGACGACGAGGACGAAAACGACGAUGAUACUGAUGAAGACGAAAGUAUCGCCGCCGGUUCAGGAGGAGGCAACGAGAGCGACGACACGGAAGUAGCGGACGGAGCAAAGGCGUCGAACUCCUCUUCCUCUUCCUCUGCCAUGUCUCGCUUGCGCGUCGAACUCGAAGGUUUAUCCGCGGAUGGAAGUCAAAUUCUUCCAAAACCAAAACUCCAAAACGCCUCUGAUGCGGACGACCCGUCUUUGAAUGCACCUUUAUCGACGAUAGCCCAAGUCGUUCUCUUGGCGGAGUGCGUCGCGGUGCGUAAAAAGCAAGCCGACGAUGGCUUGCGUAACUGGGAAAUGACACCGUACUUGGAACGCGUUCUGACGCAAGCAAAAUCGCGCCCGAUCGUACGAGCGAGUGCCACGGUACUCAUGACUAGACACGAAAAGACGCGCGCGCGAACGCGCGAACGCGCUUUGUUAUCCUUAGAAGACGUGACGAGAUCCGUCUCUGAAGUCCCCGCGAACGCCAUCAAGAAGAUGAGACAAAGCAAGAAAGUGAAACGAGAUUUAACCACUUCACUCUCUAAAAUUGGCAAAGAACGACUGCGGUUCGCCUUUUCUGUCUGGUUUCCACCUAUUCACGCGCUGAAAAAAGAGUUAGGCGAAGCCCUCAUUUCGAUAGGCAUGGUUGGCGCCGCGUUGAAACUCUUCGAAGAAAUUGAACACUGGGACGCGUACAUUUCUUGUCUCGAAUUGCUCGGAAAGAAGCAACAAGCCGCGGACGUGGUGAAAACACGAUUGAACGAAGAACCCGGGAAUGCAAAGUUGUGGUGCGCGUUAGGUGACGCAACUGGCGAUGAGACGUGUUAUCACAAAGCGUGGGAAGUAUCCGAGGAACGCGACGCGAGGUCGCAAAGAACGUUAGCGAGAUUGUGUGCGCAAAGGAAUGAUUUCGCGCAAGCAGUCGUGCACUGGACGAGAGCGCUGACGCUGAAUCCACUCUUCCCGGGCGCGUGGUUUAACUGCGGCUAUUGCAGAAUGAAGUGCGAAGGUCGGGAGGACGACGCGUUGGCGGCGUUUGUUCGAUGCGCCCAAAUUGACCCAGAAAACGGGCAAGCUUGGAACAAUGUCGCCGCGUUAUCGAUGCAUAAGCAAAAGUUCCAAGCUGCGCGCGCUGCAUUGCAAGAAGCGGUCAAGCAUUACCGCACGUCGUGGCACACGUGGGAAAACUUAGCCAUCGCUUCUGCGAAAACAGGGAGAUUCGUCGCGUCGGCGAGAGCGUUAAUGAAGGUGAUAGAGUUAACCGACGGAGCUAGAGUCCACAUACCGACGAUAUCGACGCUUUUAGACAUGUGCGAAGAAGGAAGAAAACUUGGUCCCGAAAAGUGUGAGUGGAUGCGCGACGCGGAGAAAUGGGAACGCGAGGCGAAUAAGAAGAAGGACGCAACGUUGCUAAGUUUGAACGCUUCCGAUGACGAAGGCGAGGCGUCGGAUGACGACGAAGAGGAAGAUUGGAACGAUGCCGCGUGCAGCAAAGCCGCGGCGGAUAUAGCGUCGUUCUUCAGCGAUUUUAGCGUGAACGAUACCGAAGCGAACACGACGACGGCAACAGCAACAGGAACCAAAUUUAACGUUCGCGACGAAGAGAUCGACGAGAAGACGGGCGCGCCAAGAAUCGUCGUUAAAAUCGAGGAACUUCUCGAGCAGAUCUUGGCAAAAGCAGCGUCUGGAAACACAAACUCUGGUGGAGGUAACAACGCUAGCGGCGCGCCGCCGAGAGCUAUGCACGAUACCGCGGCCAUUUGGCACCUGGUAUCGAGACACGCGGAGAAUUGUGGCGAUUUCGCAUCUUCGGUUGAAGCAAAAUUGAAAGUUGUCAGAGCGUUAGACGCUUCGGGUUGGAGGAAAGACGGGAACGCGUUCGACGCGUACGUCUCCGCGGCGAUGAACUGGGCGAAUGCGCUGAAAAAAGAGUCCUCGGCGUGUACGAAGAAAUCGGUUGCGAGCGCGAGAAUGUUGCUAAAAAGCGCAGUUAAAAUUGCCCAAAAUGAAGGCUUUGACGAACGCGCCACGUAUGCGCCUUUAACUAAAACGUUCGAGAGCGUAGAAGAGAUUGAAAAGAGCUUCGAUUAG